CGCGACGACACCACUGCGGGCGGCACCAGCUGGGAGCGCAUCGCCAAGUUGGUCGAUCUGAGCGGAAAGGGUACCAAGGGCGGCGCGUCAGGCAGCGAGAAGGCCCGCUUCAGGGAACUACUGCUCAGCCUGAAGAAGGACGAGAAGGCACCGGGUGCGACUGGAUACUAGAUGGAACGAAGACAUGGGUAGAUGGCUAUCUUUUUUGGAGCUCAGGGCAAUGGUUUGGCAUACGAAUGAGCGUGUCUGCGGCCAUAAAACUUGGAGUUUACGGAUUAGGUUGCAGGGUACUUCAUGCAGCUGUGUUAAUACUUACUCUCUGAUUGUCUUCAAUUGCUUGUGGUUUUCAGUGUUCAGCACGAGGUCUAUCGAACAAGCGCUUGAUAUAUACUAAUGUGGUAUAUAGGCAGUGAGGUGCUGACCCUAGACAUCUAGCAUUCAGCAGUAUCGACCAUCACUCAUGUUUGAACUCCCCACGAUAGCAGGGCUGAGUCCUCUAUACACAGGAAAUGGUACUCCCGAUGUUGUGAUCCGGUACGGUCCUAUAACCCAUUACGAAUACCAGUUUCCCGCCCACAGCAAAGUUCUUCGCGAGCAUUCACAGACUUUCGAGAGACAGUUUGCAUCCGGUGAAUAUGGUCCUGGAUCUACCAUUACUAUUCUUCACAGGAACCGCUAUGCCGUCGAUGACAUGCUGUCCUUUUUCUACCACGGAUCCUACGAACCUCUUGGCCCCCCUGAAGAGGGAACCACCUUCAUCGCCUUAUUCAAGCUGAAAGCGGAUCAACACGCUGCCAUUUAUGCCCUCGCGCAUCGAAAGAAUUACGGUUUCAUUCACCUGGCUGACUAUGCUUUCAGGGCAUUCGAACGUUUCAUGGAUGAGAUUUUGGGAUGGCUGGACGACUCGAGAUUUGACACAGCAAGGAACGCCGCUGCUAGUCAGAACAUGGACCACGAAGAACAGGGGGACGAAGAAAUUGACAUUGAUGACGGGGACACGGGUGAGGAUGUCGUGAAGAAAGAGCUGAUAAAGGCGUGUUGGAAGAACAAGCGUUUUGCACAGGACUUUGCGGUUUACACUCGACGCAAAAAUCACCAUCUGAUGGCAAUCCCACCAAGCAAACAAAGUCGUGACUUUGGCAGGAUUCCCCAUCCCCACGGUCCAGCCAAAGCCAAGCUCUUGACCAGCCUAUCGCAAUCUAACCACGGCACCAUCACCAAACCCUUCCCCAACCCCGCGUCGUUCGACAAGGCCGCGCAAAAUGCGCAUCGUGACACCACGUCGACCGGCAACCCGGCUUUCCUCUAUAUAACGUCUAUAUUAAUUUCUCCGAAGAUGCAGGAUGGGUCUUUCCUGGUACGGUACUUGGGUAAACGAACAUCCGCAAUCACGUGGCAGCCCUGGAGAUGCCCAGAUGCAAUAUCGAAUCUGAGACAACCACCAAGAGCAUUUUUCUUGUCCACCAAUGGUGCGUGA